CUCUUCAGUCACCCUUUGCACGUGUUAGGAGGAAGGUGUGUCAGUGCGGCGCUGGCGGAUCGCUGUCCAUUUUCCUACCCUUCUCGUGGAUCUAUUUGCUCUCCUAAAGACUUCUCUCAGUGGGAAAGUGAUGGUAGCAUCGGUAACCGCAAGCGAGGAGACACCGUGAGGGAAUAUUGACCCUUGAGACGUAUAAAGGGAUUUUAACAGCUAUCGUCUGCUGGUGGUCGUCCUCUCAGCUGAUUUCGACAGAUGGUGUUGCCAUCUCGGUGGGCAGCGGUAUGGUAGGCGGGAGCUCUUCCUUCGCCGUGGGAGGGGCGGACCAAAACGCCCUCGACUAUGGACCGCCCACACGCCAGCCUGUCAGUUGGCUUCCUCCUCUCCUUCCAGCCAGCCCGAUCUGCCCCACGUGGCGGGCGAGACCCUAGGCGAGGCGCUCUACACCUCCAUCAGGACCUUCUACGAGAGGAUGACCAACUACACCAACUCGUGCCAGGCGAACUGCUCCGGGCGGGGCGAGUGCCUCAACGGAACGUGCUUCUGCCUGGUGCAGUACGAGGGAGACACCUGCCGGGACCCCAACCUGGCCUACUUCAUCAGCUUCGCCACGGUCUUCUACCUGAUCGCGGCGGUGAGUCUGGCGCAGCUGGUGGUCUGCGUGCGCUCCGAGUACACUAAGCUGAAGACGCCCUCCCUGAGACGCGCCUGCAGGGUCACCACGCAGAAGAUGCUCUACGUCAUCACCUUCGUCGCCGCCACCUUGCGAGGGGCCUACUUCUCGUCUCCGGCCAACAUGGACCUCAACAUCGCGCCCUCCUUCAUGAGUGCUUUUUACCCCAUUAUCCUCACCGCGGGUUCACUCAUCGUCUGCUUCUGGGCCGAGGCAUUCCAUCUCCGAGACAUCCGAUGUGAACGUCCGAGGUUUCUGAGCAAGUCCUUCUGCGGGUUUCUGACCUUCAACAUCGUCACCUACUCGCUGCUGGUGGCCGAGAUCAUCCUGACGCGAUGGACCACCACCCCGGAGGAGAGGAGCUUCCUGACUCAUGUGUUCAACGGAUGUUAUGCCAUAUUACUGUUCAUCGUUGUGGUGUUCUUCCUGAUUUACGGUGUCGAGGUGUACUUUAAGGUACGCGGGGGCUUCAUGAGUGACACCAUAAUUGUGGGCCACGUACAUUCCCGAACCCCACCCCAGGCUGAACCCAGUCUGAAAAGAGAACCGGGUUCUAAGUCAACCUCAACGGCUGACAAGUCUGGCGGGGACCAAGAGGAGGAUCAGUCAACCCAACGUCUUGUGCCGGAGCAGGUUGUUGGAGAAUUCACCGGACUAGCCCCACCACACCGCGGAAUUGACCAGUCACAGCUUCACCAGUCCCGAUUUGGGCUGGUGUUCCAGGCUUGUAUGCUGAUGAUUACAGUGUGUUUCCUCUUCUCGGAUGUUCUGGGAGAACUGUGGAAGAACAGGGUCCCUUUGAUGUCAAGAAAUGCCUAUGAUAUCAUCUUCCGAGUGGUGGAACUUGGUGUGGCUCUUUGGUUCCCCUGUGUUCUGUGGAACAGUAUGUCACCAGAACAGCUGUGGAUCCUCAACCCGAAAAAAAUCCUCAAGAAGCUAGACAUUGAACGUACUCUUGAGCUUGGCCAGUCUGUCAAACCAAGAACUGAUGCUACUAGUGAUGGUGGUGCAGAGUGUUGGAUUUGUUAUGAUACGGAACGCACAGAUGCUGGACCCCUCAUUCAACCCUGUGACUGCCGCGGGGAUGUUGGAGCCGUCCACCAUAACUGCCUCCGGAAGUGGCUUAUGGAGUGUGCUGAGAAUUCCUCUGAAAACUUGUCAUGCAAAGUGUGUGGGGCUGUAUAUCAGCUUGAGAGAGGGAGAGCCUGGUGGAUUGGACAGGGCUUUACAACACGCCAUUGGCUACAGACAGCAUCCCUGGUGACAGUGAUGUGUGGGACCAUAGCUGGUACAUGGGCUGUGGUGCAGAUGUAUGAGAAUGCCUACAUCAGAUCCUUGGCUGCAGGAGUCACUCUUUUGGUUAUCUACGUCUGUUUGCGGUUCUUGGGAUUCAAUACCUUCAGCGCUUAUCAGCGAGCUAGAUACUCGGCAGUGAAAAUCCUUGGCCGUCAUUUCGCCCAGCGAGAUAACAACAAUGCAGCCAAUAACAAUGGAGGAGUACCUGGAGCAACUGCAAAUGUAGCUACCAUCAGCUCUGAAGUCUUAGUGGAUAUGAAUGCCAGUAGUGGUUUGUCAAAGUUGCCUGAAUCAGCAAUAUAACACAUU